AUGCCGAGGGAGCGCUUUGAGCAGAUUUCCCGAAACCUGCAUUUUGUUGACAACGAGGAGGUGCAGGCAGAUGAUGACAGACUCUGGAAGGUGAUUGAUCUGUUCGGGGAGCGAUUCAGGUCGGUGUUUGUGCCGAACGAGAACAUAUCCAUCGGCGAGACGCUGUGGAAAUUUCGUGGACGCCGCUCCUUCUCCACGUGCGAACCAGGCGAGAGGGCCAGGUUUGGGUCAAAUGUAAACUUUCAGCCAGCGAUGGCCCGUGUGCUGGCUAUACAUCGGUUUUCAAGAUCUACACUGGAAAACCGGCGCAGUGGGCACCGUGCGGCUGAAUCGGCGCCACAUGCCGAAGGAUCUGAAGGUGGAACGCAGAAGAGAUGUCGACUUCCGGAGCUCCAGAACCGGCAUGCUCGCAUUGACGUGUCCGUUCUCAGUACCGUCCAUACAUCAGCCCUGGAAUUGGUGGAGAGAGGAUGGGGACCCCAGGUCAGCAAACCCCAAUGCAUUGUUGACCACAACGCCGGCAUGAAAGGUGUUGGUCUGGGCGACCAGUUGGCCAGCCCCUACCCGCCAGUACGAAGAUCGAUCAAGUGGUACAAAAAGUUGUUCUUCUACCUGUUUGAUUUAGCGACAGUCAACGCGCAUAUCAUAUACAAGUACCUGGACCACCGGAGGCAACAGGUGGACUUCCGGCUUGACCUCGGCAAUGCCAUCAUAGAGGAGCAUCACCCAGACGUGGAUCCGUACGGGCCGGCGAGUCUACCUUCGCCUCCGCGGCUGCAGGGCGGGACGCGGCAUGCGGUUCGGGAGACACCAGGCCGGCGCUACAGAAGGUGUCUCUUGUGCUACCGGGCAGGGAGGCGUAAGAUGACACGCACUAUGUGUCCCGUGUGUCAAGUGUCACUCUUGCACACGGAUGACAAGGCGAAAACAAGACACGUUAUUCUUGGAAACGUAUUUUCCUUUGACAAGAAAUACAGUAACCGUUAA